GCAAAGAACCGUUCCCCAGUGCACAGCAGCAGCAGCAGCAGCAAGUCGCGAGUCCCUGGCCACCAAGACAGUUUCGCGAACUUUUCUUGUGGUGACUUGCGCGGAGCGACAACAACAAGCGACGAACCCGACUCACCCCCGCAUCGGUGUGGGUGUGCUAGUGCGUGCGUGCGUGCGUGCGUGCGUGUGACUGUUUUGUGUAGUUGGCCGUUCGGUGGCCAAAAAGCAAAAAAACAAAAAACAAAAAAAACACUCCGCCAAGUGGAUCGAUUCCGCCGAUUUCGUCGCGGAUCAACGCGCGACUGGUUGUGUGAUUCGGUGCGUGUCUGUGGGCGUGUUCCCGGGAGAACCACACCCGGGAAGGGGCCUCGAUCAAUUCCGGCCGGUAAACACAAAGCUGCCCCCCGGGGGUGCGGUGCGGUGCGGUGAGCGAGCCAGCCAGCCAGAGUCAAUCAACCUCUUCACUCAUCCGACGAAGCAAAACAAAAAAAAAACAAAAAACAAAACACGACGCAGCAGCCAGAAUGCGUUUGCAACAAACGUGGUUAAUGGUGGCGGUGGUCUGUGGUGUGCUGCUGGCAGGAUACGGUGCCGACGCCCAGACGCGACGCCUCCGUGUACGGCCGCGUGUCCUGGUCGCUCCAUCGAGCGCCGAGUACAGUGACAGCGCGGAGGAAGCAGCAGACGAUAGCCGACCGCAGGCGCAGGGUGCCAUCCCGCAGUACUACCGGGCGCAGGACCGUAUCGGUGACAGCAACGCUGGUGGUGGUGGUGUUGGUGGACAGCGUCUGGUGCUGGUUGCGGCCGGUGACGAUGACGAGUACAACCAGUACGGCAGUGUGCAGGGAGGUGGGCGGGCACGUGCCGAACAGCAGUACCAGCGGCCAGCGGCCAAAAGUACCUCGGCACCGACGGCACCGGCUGCCCGCUCGAAGGCGGCCCAAAGUAACGAGUCGCGGGCACCGCCGGUCCAGACGAUCCGCAACUACAGCAAGGUGAACGAUGAUGGUUCGUUCACGUUCGGGUACGAGGCGGCCGACGGUUCGUUCAAGGAGGAGACGCGCGGUACCGACUGUGUGGUGCGGGGCAAGUACGGUUACAUCGAUCCGGACGGUAACAAGCGGGAGUUUACGUACGUGUCGGGCAAUCCGUGCGACCCGAACAACCCGGACGGUAGCGAGGAGGAGGAAGCGGGUGGGGCCGAGCGGGACGGGGACGGUGAGUCGGGUGAGAAUGUGCCGCAGAACUAUCCGCAGCGUCGCCCAGUACCGCCGCCGCCGCCGCCGCCGGUGGCCGCCCGUCCCACGGUCCGACCGGUCACGGCACCAACGGUCCCGGCGCCCCGUCCCACGACCACCGUCUUCCAGAGCGACUACUCGGACCGGAACCGGGCUGAGGAGCAGGAGGUACAGAUUGGCCAGCGGGGUAACGGGGGCCGCCCAGCCGCUCGCCCCUUCGGUGGGGUCCAGCAGCAGCCACAGCCAACUCUGGCCACGGUGACGCAACGGCCACGGCCGGUCCAGCUUGUCCCGACCACACCGAGCAGCGUGUCGCCCACCUACCACAGUCCGUCCCCGCCACCCCAGACCGUCGUACCGGUCAACAUUACACCGAAACCGGUCUACCGGGUGUCCCCGCAGCCAACGCAACCGACACUCGCACCCACCACCUACCGGCCGGCCGGUGGGCCGGCGAUCGGUGAGUUUGUCGGCUCGACGGUGAGCACGCGCGGCCCCUCGAACAUCGACUUCGAGGCCGAGUUCAAGCGCUUCCAGCAGGACAACAAGGUACCGGUCGCAGGGCCAGGGUCACCGAGCAGCACCAGCAAACCAUCACCCGCCCCGUUCGGUAAGGCACCGGGCCCGGCGACGGUCGUCGGGGUUGCCAACGGGAACCCCAUCUACCAGUCGCAGCUCAUCUUCGAUCCGGCCUCCGGGCAGUACGAUACCGCGCUGUACCAACAGUUGCCCCAGAGUGAGGGUGAUUUCCAGCUGAAUCACCGCAUCCAACCGUACGUUGCCGCUGGACCGCCCCAUCCCGCCGCCGGCCAUCUUGUGUCGCUCGAGCAGCUGCAGCAACAGUCGCCACUGUACCGUACGGCCGGCCCAACCGCUAGCCAACCGCGGCCCCAACAGCAACAGGUCCAGAUCCCGCAGCAGCUCUACCAGAAGCAGCAGAACGAGCUGCAGUUCAUCAACAGCCAGCAGCUGUUUGCCCAGCAGCUCGAGCUACAGCAGAGUCAGCUGCGGGCGGAUCGGCUCGAGGCGGCGAAGAAGGUGAACGGACCGCCGGUACCGCUCCAUCGCUUCCAGCCGCAACCGCAGCCGCAGCCGCAACCGCAGCAGCAGCAGCAGCAGCAGCAGCAGCAGCAGUACUACUUUAUUCAGCCGCAGGGACCACCGCACGGUGGUGGUGGUCAAAUCGAUGCGUUCCUGCGUGGCCACAACAUUGACUACUAGGCGGCGCUUGCUUUCCUUUCCUUUUCCUUUCCUUUCCUUUUCUUUUCUGCCCGUUACGUGGCUACUUUGUUCUUCCUCCGUUCUCUUUAGUAUUUGUAUCCUUUUUUGUUUUUGUUUUAAUUUUGUUUCCUUCGUUCCACUGCUCCACUGCCACUAAACGGUGGUGUUGAUUUUUUUUUUCCACAACUUUCUUCUACCAUUUCGUUUUUUCUGUGCACUACCCAGCGCGCGCCCUAACUCUCUACUGCCUUUCAGUUCUGUUCUCUUCCUUUCCUCCGUACUGCUUGUUUUUUCUUCUUCUUCUUCUUCUUCUUCUUCUCGCUCUCCAUAUUUAAGACUUAUGACUAAUUUAAUAGUUUUGUACAACGAACCCGUACAUAAUACUCCUACUACAUCAUCCCUUGCUGCAUCGGUUUUUUCUUUCUUCUUCUUCGGUCCGCCGAAAGAAUGCACAAACAGGGAGGCGCAUUCUCGUUAAACACUUCAAAGAACACCCUGUUCCCCCUUCGAGGGUUGCGCACAGUCUGUGCAAUUGUGCGGAUUGUGUUGCGCGUGCGCGUUGUAUUUGUUGAGGGUGUUAUUUUUUUUUUUGUUUCCAUUUGUUGUAUAAAACACAAUACGGACGUGGACAAACGAUUGCUGCUUAAACGAAUGACGAAAGGACAGGACCCAGGUGCCCCGAGUGUCCGCAGGCUUCCGGUUAGGAUUGUGGUUGCGAUUAAAAGCACUACACAGUGUUUUCCUUCGAAUGUAUUUUAUGAAAAUGGUAUCUAAUUAAUAAAUAAAAAAAACACAAACAACAAUACGAAAGGAAUCAGGAUAUAUAGACAGGGAGAAGAGAGAGAGAGAGAGAGAGAGAGAGAGAGAGAGAGAGAGAGAGAGAG